AUCAGCGUUGAGUUCGUGGUUGAAGAUUAACGAAUUCUCACUCUCUGGAAACAAUGUCUAGUACCAAGAUGAACAUUCCGAAACCUCCUCCUCUUCCUCGUGUAACCUACCAGCGUCUUCAAGCUUCCAAAACCAAACCUUCCAGCUCAUCAUCACGCCUUGUGCCAAAAGAAACAGUAGCAACUUGGGAUAAGGUUUUCAGAGAUGGAACUGGAGGUGAUACCAAUGUUCAAACCGAGGACAACUAUUAUCUAUUAGCCCAUUCAAGUAUCCUGUCUGCAGCUUCACCUGUUAUAGCGAACCUUCUCAAUCAGUCCAGGGACAAAAAUGGAAAACCAUACCUCAAAAUCUCUGGAGUGCCAUAUCAACCAGUCCACAUGUUCCUUCGGUUUCUCUACUCGUCCUGCUACGAGGAGGAUGAAAUGAAGGAGUGUGUGAUCCCUUUGCUUUUUCUCUCACACAUCUACUCGAUUCCAUCUCUCAAAAGAGUCUGCGUAGACGUUCUCGACCAAGAAGGAUACAUCAACAAGGAGAACGUGGUCGACGUGCUCCUGCUAGCACGAGCCUGCGACGCCGUGAGGAUUUGCUUUCGAUGUAUUUCGAUGGUCGUCAAGGACUUCGAAUCUAUCUCUCCAACGGAAGGGUGGAAAGAGAUGAUACGGUCUGAUCCUCUCCUCGAACAAGAAGUCGAGGCAGCUGUCGAAGCGCAGAAAGAGAGACAGGAAAGAAGGGUAAAGCUCGUGGAGAAGAAAACGUAUUUGGAGCUUUAUGAAACCCUAGAAUCUCUUGUGCACAUAUACAGAGAAGGUUGCGUGACGAUCGGGCCUCGUGAUAAAGAGCUUAGAGGAGGAAGCGAGACAGUGUGUGAGUUCCGGUUUUGUAAAGGAGUUGAAGGUGCGCUUCGACAUUUCUUGGGAUGCAAGUCUAGGGCUUCUUCUUGUUCUCGUUGCAAAAGGUUGUGGCAGCUUUUUCAGCUUCACGCUUGUAUCUGUGAUGAUGAUUCUGAUUCUUGCGAGGUCCCUCUCUGCCGGAGUUUGAAGGAGAAAAUGAAGAUUAGCAAGAGAGAUGAAUCUAAAGGGAGAUUGCUUGCGGAAAAAGUUAUGGCAGCGAAGAACAGUCUAGGGCCAUUCUCUGCACGUCUUUUUGCUUUGGUAUAA